GCCUUACUAGCGGGAGGGGGGACGUCUUUCGAGAAGUUCAGCGGGAAACCAGUUACCUCCCGACGGUGUGACGUGCGCGUGAGUGCCUUUACCUCGUUUUGUGGCAGUGUAUUAGACAAUGUUUAAUAUAAACUAAGGAUGACGGACUACGAGCGUAUCAAGGCGAGUUGCCUUCAACGGCACGAACUGUGGGAAGAUCCAGACUUCCCAGCUGUACAGCCUUCUGUAUUUUAUCAUCAAGUCCCGCCUUUCACCUUUGAAUGGAAACGAGCUAAAGAAUUGUAUGCGAACCCAAAGUUUAUUCUCGACAGCAGCGAUACUUUCGACGUUGUCACCGGCAGACUUGGAGACAAAUGGCUGCUGUCAUGUGUUGGAGUCUUAUAUCUAUGCAAAGGACUUUUUUAUAGAGUCGUACCAGCUGACCAAAGAAUAGACUCCAAUUACACUGGCGUUUUUCGAUUUCGUCUUUGGUGGUGCGGCCAGUGGGUGGAGGUUCUAGUAGAUGAUAGAUUACCAACGGUACACGGCAAGCUAGCAUUUAUGCAUUGCAGUCACUCCGAACAGCUCUGGCCGGCUUUACUAGAAAAAGCUUAUGCAAAAAUGCAUGGGUCGUAUGAGGCACUUAAGUACGGCAACCUUUUGGACGGCCUUGCAGAUCUCACAGGAGGCAUAACGGAAUCCCUUAACAUUACGGACCUGACUGACGCCGCUGCUCUUCACAAUCUCAUGAAAACCACAAGCGUUGUUACAGCAUACAGAUUACCAAACGCGGUGACGCAUUCAGUCAAAAGCAUAGAAUCGGGAAUGAAUUACAGACUUUACAAUGUUGAAAGGAUAGAAACUAUAGAUGGACCGGUAUAUUUAGUAAGAUUGGCAAGACCAUUAGCACCAGGAGAUACGCAUAUCACACAUUUUAUAUUAGAUCACGCAAGUUGGAGUUCCAUACCGGUGCACGAACGUGAACGGUUAACAUCAACAUCGAAAGGCUUCUGGAUGUUGUAUAACGACUUUACAUCAAUGUUCUCGCGAGUAGAAAUGGUGCAUUUAGAUGUAGAGACAAGUAAAGCUGAAACUUCCUUGAGUGACAAACAGAAGUGGCAAGUGAGAAGUCAUCAAGGGCGCUGGAAGAAAGGCGUUACCGCAGGCGGUUGUAGAAAUCACGUUAAUUUCUUUCAUAUGAAUCCUCAAAUACAAAUCGUACUCAAUGACGCGGACACCGUUAUAAUUUCGCUAAACCAACACAGCAUAAUGGAACCUAAAGUUAUUGGAUUCAGCAUUUAUAAAAUACCGAAAUCCUUAACCGAGACAGCUUCUCCGCUUUUCUUCAAAAAAACUAAAAGUUCUAUCAAUUCACAAUACACAAACAGUCGGCAGGUUAGCGAAAGGUGUAAUCUAGAUGCGGGCGCCUACUUAGUUAUACCGACUACCUUUGAACCGAGACAGGAAGCUAACUUUUCAUUGCGAGUGUAUUCAAUAAAACAACUUAAAAUGCGAGUAUUGGAUUGCACUCCUCAAAUGUUAAAGGCUGCUGUACUGAAGGCGCCUCCGGGUGUGGAAUCGAGCAGUUUCGCUCAGUACGAAUCGCAAUUCCUCCAAUUGGCCGACGAACACAAAACCAUCAAUGCUUUUGAACUGCAAGAAUUGCUUGAAAGAUGUUUGCCCAAUGAUUACAUCAAAAGCUGUGCGACUAUUGAAACGUGCAGACAAAUUGUUUUGUCAAUGGAAAAAGAUGGUUCCGGUCGCAUUACUCUAUCCGACUUUAAGGACCUCAUCUGUAGCCUAAAGCAUUGGCAGGUGGUGUUCAGGGCCCAUGCUCCGGAAAAAAUGAGCGUCCUCAGAAUUGAAAGAUUUCGUGACGUAUUGCGUGACGUUGGGUUUGUGAUACCGGAGCGAGCUUUGUCGCUACUCGUUCUCAAGUAUAUGAGAAAAGAUGGCAUGCUUCGAUUUGGGGAUUUUGUCUCGGCAGUUGUACUUCUUCAUAGAGCUUUUCAUAUGUUCUUCAGUAACUGCUCUACGACUACUUUCAAAGUUAAUUUAACUUUUGCGGAGUGGCUGAGGUCGGCUUUGACAUGCUGAUGCUAGGUUAAAAGUAUUUAUUUAACAUACAAUUGAUGUAUGUGUAUAAAAAUAUUGAAUACAUAAUUACGUAACGAUUUUUAUGAAUAUUUAAGGUAUGAGUGUAAACAUUUUUAAAUAAUAUUUUUAUGUGUUAAAAUGUUACAUCACUAUUUAGCAUUACAACAUAUUAGUUAAAGAUUUAUUUAAUGUUUUUACACUGUGUAUUGUACGGAUACAACUUAUAAAACAAUUUUAUUGUAUUCUUAACAAGCCGCCGAAAAUUUGCAAGCGCAAUAUUAAAAAAAUAAUUAUUAACUAAGGUAGCCCCGAUUUUAAAAGACAUAAUUAUUCCUAUUUGCGCAACCGUCUAUGACUGGUGUCAUUUUUUUAUGUUUACGUAUUAGGUACCAACAUUUCGCGACUAAUAUAGUUUUCUGGCUGAGUUACAAAACAAUCGUGAAUCUUCAUUAUAUGAAAAUAUGAUAUUUAACCCACAAACGUACGGUAAAUAGAAUGAUUUUUAAUUGAACAAUGUUAUAACAUCAAAUUCAGAGUAAUAUGUAAAAAAACAAAGGUUAUCUUAAUUCGUAUAAAAUCAUCGCAACUUAAUAAAACUUUCCCGUCCCGAAUCAAAUUAUUUUCUUAAAAUAAAGUUUUAGCAGUGCUGCAAAAGCUUUUCCCAGCUUUCCCUAUAUUAUAGCGUUUGCACCACGACAUCUCUGUUUAAAACAAAAAAAAAACGAAUACUCUUUUGUUUUGCUGUACCGAUCAGAUUAAUCCUUUAAAUAGGUCGAUUGGAUUAAAUAGAAGAUAGAGGAAGUAUAUACAGCACUCUCUAUCUCUUUUAAUAUUAUGUGUACAUUGAGUACGUAGUUCUGUCGUUGCCUUUGGUAUGUAAAUUUAAAUACAGGUAAAAUAAAUAAUAAAUAUAUAUAAGUAAACAAAAAUAAUAAUGUUAGUUUGUAGUUUGUAUUCUUAUAAGUACUGCAUGGCUUUAUAACUUAGGGUCUACACUCCCGGUCUGCAUUAAAACUACACGCCAAUACACGCCACUACACGCCAAUUGCAGUUGCAGUUUUGAAGCAGUUUUGGUGCGGUUGACAUAACUGCAGCGAAACUGCAAACUGACUGCUGAACCCAUGAACCUUACUGCUCUUUUAAUACAAACCGCGUUUGUAGACGCUGAAACUAUGCUGCGAUCUCCCUUUAAAAUGAAUCGAUAUUAGGUUUAGAACAGUAUUUUAUAAUUUUAAAAUCUUAUUAUGAAUUGUAAAUAAUAAUGUCGUAUUAUUUUUUUUAUUAAAUUCCACCGAAACAUGUUACAAAAAAUAUACUCCUUUCAUUUUGAUUUUUUCAUAUCGUAUCUCCCGUUUAUAAAGUUUAGAUAUAUAUAAUAUACUUAUGUUUUAACUAGGCAUAGAAUGAAAUGUUAGUAACUCAAGAUGUAAAUAGUACUCGUGUUGUAAAGCAUUUAAACAGGUAAUUGAGUAAGAAAUUAAUAUUAUAUUUCAUUGUUAAAUUAAAUAAACUUUUAAAUAUUU